AUGGCUCCAAAAAAAUCUGUUACUGAAACAAAAGUAAAUGCUAAAAAACCAGUAGGCACUGGCUCUAAAAACUACAGAGAUUUGAUUAAAGAAGGUUUGGUCUCUUUGAAUGAUAAAAAGGGCUCUUCGAGAUUGGCUUUGAAAAAUUUUAUUAAAAAAAAUUAUCCUGUUGUUUAUAGCGCUCCUACUUUCACUUAUCAUUUUAAUUCCGCAAUUAACAAAGGUGUAGAGGCAAAAUUGUUUAAUUUGCCAAAAGGUCCAGCUGGUACUGUGAAGUUAACUAAAAUUGAAAAACCUGUAAAAAAACAAAUCAAGAAAAAGGAAUCUACUGCCACAACAACAACAUCGGAUAAGAAAAAGAUAAUAAAACCAAAAUCAAAAUCAACACCAUCUACUAGUACUACUACUACUACUACUACUGCUGCUGCUGCUGCUUCAAGUAAAAAAACAUCUACCGUUUCAAAACCAAAAUCAAAAGCUGUUGUGAAAAAAGAUAAGAAAAAAGAUGUAUCAAAAUCAUCUAAUGGCCCAUUAUCUUACAAACAAAUGAUUACAAUUGCUAUCACUUCUUUAAAUAACGGUAAAGGUUCUUCUCGUACAGCUUUGAAAAGUUAUAUCCAAGAAAAUUAUUUCAAAGAAAAACAAGUACCAAACAAUUUCAACAGUUUGUUCAACACAACUAUUAGAAAAGGUUUGGAAUCAAACGAUUUCUCACAACCAAAAGGUCCUUCUGGGAUUGUUAAAAUUAAUAAACAAAAGAAGAAGGUCAAUUAA